AUGGUUACAGGCAAUGACUGGCUUGUUGCUGACAGCGAGGACGAGGAUAGCUUCCAGCCACCUCCCCAGCGAGCGAGUCCUAUAAGCUCUAUUUCAAACUCAACGCAUGAUCACACAGCACUUGGCCGUCAAGUGCAUUCCGUUAUUGAAACGCCCUCAUCGCUCAGUCUUCCUCACCCAGAGGACAUAUCCAACGCUUCCCUCUUCACCUCGCCGCUUGGUGAAGGCAUGGAAACGCAACAUAGCCUACCGCCGAUAGCGCAUUUAGUCACAUCACCUACGUUGGCGGCACCGACAAAACCCAAGCCUCGGCAAAGGAAGCGAGCCCCCGGAGCUGCACCUGGCGACGAAGAUUGGUCCGCGCAAGACAAGUCAUGGGACCUUGCGCCUUCUGAUAACAACGAGCCUCCAUUUAUUCCAUCAGCCCUCAAUACGACCAUAGAUGCCACAAAUCCUUAUGAGAGCACCUCUGCGUCCAACCCAUCAUUCUUUGCUGAUGAUUUUAAUCUCUCUGGUAUUGCAGAACGCGCUAAGAUGCGCUCGCGUAAAUCGCGCGAGAAGGCCUCAUCCAAGCCUCCAUUACAGUCCACAGAUAUUAUCGAGCUCAGCUCCGAUGAUGAUGACGAGCUGAAUAUCAGGCCAUCCAAGCGUCAGAAAUCCCCAGAGCCCAAGGCGAAGCCGAAACCUAAGCCGAAACCAAGGCAGAAGAAAGUUGUGGUAGAACCUUUGCCAUCCUCUCCCACCCAUUUGCCACCACCUCCCGAUCACGUUAAUAUCUCGAGCUCUGUUACAGGGGACUUGCCACCUUCGUCGUUGCAUAUCCCGCCCUCCACAAUUCCGUCUGGGCCUCCGUCGACACCUCCGUUGCCUCGCGCAAACUCGACUUCACCAUCGCCAUCACCUCAGCCGCUACCAACGCGAAAGCGAAAACGACCUCAGCCCUCUGCAUUUGCGUCGGCUGACGAAAUGAACAUCACUGUGGAACAUGACGCGUCCAAGGACAUGGAAUCACACCAAGUCAAUUAUUCGAAUCUUGUGCCAGAAUUAUCCGUAUCAGGGACCAUCAACGACUCUGGCGUGGAUUUGUCUGCUGGACCUUCAGUCAAGAAUCCUUUAGCUAAGAAGACAGGUCAAACGAAAAAUUCGGCGAAAUCAACCACGCAGACCAAGAAAGGCAAGAAAGAGAAGAAAGGCAAGAAGAUGCAAGUGGAAGUCGUAAUUGAGUCACCAAUAAAGCCCAAGCCACUGGCACAUGAACGCGAUGAGGAGCAAGAUGCAUGGAGCUCUCCACUGUCCUCGGACUUUGAGUCUGGUCUGGUCCAAAAGCGAAAAGGGAAGGUACAAAAACCUGACAAGGCUGUUACUCAGAAUAAAAAGGCAAAGGCUGGCAAGAAAGGAGACAAUAGAAAGAACAAAGGGAAACCACAAGCUGUAAUAUCAGAGGAUGAACAAGAGCUAGAGAUACCUGCUCCUGUUCAAGAGGCGGCGCCACGUUCAUCAGAGAAGAAAUUUACCAGCCGUGGGGAUGAACAGCAUCGCGAGCUUGAAGAAAGUCUUGCAGUUCAAAAGGAAAAUCUGGGCCCGCAGGAUCAAACAUCUCUCUUUCAAUCUGCCCCUCCCAAGCCGAAUCCACCAAAUGUACCGACCUCUGUUUCCAAGAGCACUCCGGCGCGACCUAAAUCUACGCCGAUGUCGGAACUUAUUCGACGAGCUAACUCGCACCCAAGUUCCCCUUUUGCCAGCAGCUCGCGCGGGCGAUAUUCGCCCAUGAUCAAGUCUUCUCGAUCCAUGCUUUCGCGCAUGGCACCGUUGCACCCUAAUCGACGCACACCUCCACCUCCGCCGCCGCGUCCGCCGCCGCCAAAGAAGAGUAAGAAGCAGCUUCAGAUGGAAGAAAGGAUUGAAGAGGAGCUUUCUGAAACCAUCGAAGGAUGGUCGUGCAUGACAGAUGAGGAGCGCAGAGACUUGAGACGGGCGAGGAUAGAUGCCGAGUUGGGAUUCGACGAUUGAGGCGGACAGCCCUGGGUCUUGAUUAUGCUGAUUAUUCUUAAUUUAUUCGUUGCAAUAAUCAUGAUUAUCGUGGAUCUUCC